AGCCCUCUCCCUUCCACAGUCCUCCAUCAGCUUCUUCACUUGCCUUCUCUUGCCUUCUACUCCUCUGAGGAACCGACUCAUCUCUAUCACUCAACAUCAUGGCCAACUGUGGACCUUCCAGCGCUGUCCCAUCCUUCGAAGCCACUCCAACCGUUGCCUUUGGAUCCGGAGGCUCCAGAAGCUUUGGCAGAGGUUUUGGCAUUGGCUCUGGCAUCGGCUUGGGCUAUGGCAUCGGCUCUGGCAUCGGCUUGGGCUAUGGCAUUGGCUCUGGCUAUGGCCUUGGGGGCAACAUUGAAUCUGCAGCCAACUUGGGAAUUCUCUCCGGAGUGCAGCCAUCCUGCAUCAACCAGCUCCCCCCAAUAGAAGUCGUGAUGAAACCAGCUCCAGUUGUGAUCACCGUCCCAGGCGCCAUAAUCUCUGCCACCCCUGAGCCUGUUGAAGUUGGAGGCUAUGCCCCCUGUGCUGUUGGUGGUGUUGGCAUCGGUGGAAGUGGAUUAGGUAGUGGAUUAAGUAGUGGAUUAGGUAGUGGAUUCUAUGGUGGGAAUCUCGGUGGGCGCCUUGGGGGCAAUUAUGGAUUCCUGAGAGGAAGAGGCAACACCUGUGGCCCCUGCGUGUAACUUCUCAUGGACUUUUGGCCCAGGAAGAAGAACAAUGGAACAUCUCACAAAGGAACAUCUCACAACGGAACACUCUAGCCUGGGUUGUCGAAGGCUUUCAUGGCCGGGAUCACAGGGUUGUUGUAUGUUUUUCCAGGCUGUAUGGCCAUGUUCUAGAAGUAUUCUCUCCUGACAUUUUGGCCACAUCUAUGGCAGGCAUCCUCAGAGGUUGUGAGGAUGCCUGCCAUACCUCUGUUGGUCACAACCUCUGAGGAUGCCUGCCAUAGAUGUGGCCAAAACGUCAGGAGAGAAUACUUCUAGAACAUGGCCAUACAGCCCGGAAAACAUACAACUCUAGCCUGGGUUUAGCUGAGCUGAGAACCCCUUUCCUAGAUUAAAUCUGUGGGAACUUAGCCAGCACUUGAUAUCACUAGGCCCACCAAUCUGUUUCAGAUCUCCCUCUAUUGCCCCUAUUUAUGCUCUUCUCUUCAUUUCCCUACCACAAAUAGAAGAGCAAAGGUUCCUUCAACCCCUUGUGUGAAUGUUGUGUUGCAUGUGUAAAUUGGAGAUGAUGCACAGUAACUACCUUACUUAUUGCCAAUGUAAUAACUGCAACCACACGAGGAAUGAAGAAACUGUGUUCUUUAUGAUUUGUCAGUCUCUGAACUUUUUCUCUCCCUUUUGGAUUUGUCUCCUUCCAUUCUACAAUAAAACUAACUCUGCAUUAUAA